GACAGUUUGCCCCGAGCAACUGUUCUCAGCUCACAUCUCUCUAGCGUCUAAAACUUUUUAAGUUUAUACGUCGUUUAUUUGUAAAAAAUAUAUUUUUAUAUCAUUUAAAUUUUGAUUGUCAAUUCCAGUUGUGAUAAUAGUUUAAAUUAGUUACAAGUUUGUUAAGUUUCAGUCAAUUCAGUGUUUAAAAAAAAUUGUAACUUCCUCGUGGUCGUGUACCAAAGGUCGUGUUGUGGACGUAAGCAAUAUACGUGUUCGUAAUAACUGUUCCGUCACAUAAGUACGAUUGUGUUGUGCGAUAUCGACUUUGAGAUCCGGGCGUGCUACGAAUAAGUGCAGUCUCAAUCUAAAACGUUUGGGUUUUGGCUCGGCGAAGUCGCGAGCUGAUAUAGUCGCAGUGAAUAAGCGUCGGCGCCGGCGCCGCGUCGGGAGCUGUCAGGGUGCGCUAGGCGCAUGUGCGAUGCGAUGCGUGACAAACUCGCCGCCCUGCUGCGUAGCUCAGUACAUGCGCCCGCGCACACACACAACAACGAAAAGCAGAAUGGCACAUACGGCCCAGUACUCGUAUUCACAGACGAAGGGAGCGCACGCGAAGGCGGACUGGUAUGGCGCGGGUGCUCAGCAGCAGAGUGCGACGCAGAAGACGGCGCGGCGGGUGCGCUCGCCGACGGCAACUCCAACCCAGGAGACAAGUUGGAGGGGUCGGACGCAGCUCCGGACGACCCUGUUCACCUCAAGAGACGGGUGGGACUCUUCAGUGGGGUGGCUCUAAUCGUCGGCACUAUGAUUGGUUCAGGAAUAUUCGUCUCGCCCUCUGGGCUUCUGGAGCGCACAGGCUCAGUGGGCAUAAGCUUCAUCAUAUGGAUGGCAUGUGGCCUGCUUUCAUUGCUUGGAGCGCUGGCGUACGCGGAGUUGGGAACAAUGAACACGUCAUCAGGCGCUGAAUACGCCUAUUUCAUGGAUGCUUUCGGAGGACCUCCAGCGUUUUUGUUUUCAUGGGUCUCGACAUUAGUACUGAAGCCGUCACAGAUGGCUAUAAUAUGUCUGAGCUUCGCAAAAUACGCCGUGGAGCCGUUCGUGUCGGAAUGUGAACCUCCACACAGUCUCGUCAAACUUGUCGCGGUCAUUUCUAUUGUGAUGAUAUUAGCAGUUAAUUGCUACAGCGUCAAUUUAGCCACAAACGUUCAGAACAUCUUCACUGCAGCUAAGCUGGUGGCAAUAGCUAUCAUCGUGGGAGGUGGAGCUUAUAAGUUAGCAUUAGGUAAUACGCGACAUUUACAGGAGCCCAACUUCGCAAGUAGCACCGCGACGCUUGGCAACAUUGCCACAGCGUUCUACACCGGCUUGUGGGCAUAUGACGGUUGGAAUAACCUGAACUACGUCACUGAGGAAAUUAAAAAUCCAUCCAAAAAUUUGCCUCUGAGCAUAAUAAUCGGCAUUCCGUUGGUAACGCUGUGCUACGCGCUGGUGAAUGUGUCGUACCUGGCCGUGAUGUCGGUCAGCGAGAUGGCGGACAGUGAGGCUGUGGCAGUCACAUUCGGCAACCGGCUGCUCGGACCCUUGGCUUGGCUCAUGCCGCUAGCUGUCACUAUAUCAACGUUCGGAUCAGCGAAUGGCACGCUGUUUGUUGCGGGAAGAUUAUGCUUCGCAGCGUCACGAGAAGGCCAUUUGCUGGAUAUUCUAUCUUAUGUCCAUGUUCGCCGCUUCACGCCGGCUCCUGGAUUGAUAUUCCACUCUCUGAUAGCGGUGGCCAUGGUAUUGUAUGGGACAAUCGACUCGCUGAUUGACUUCUUUUCGUUCACUGCGUGGAUCUUCUACGGCGGCGCUAUGCUGGCAUUGAUCGUCAUGAGGCGUACUAAGCCUCAUGCACCCAGGCCCUACAAGGUGCCGAUAAUAAUACCGUACGUGGUGUUGGUGGUGUCGACGUACUUGGUGGUGGCUCCGAUCGUGGACAAGCCGCAGUGGGAGUACUUGUACGCCACCGCCUUCAUCUUCGCCGGGCUCUUGGUCUACAUACCGUUUGUCAAGUGGGGCUAUUCAUUGCCGUUCAUGGAUAAGAUAACAGUUUUCCUGCAGAUGGUGCUGGAGGUAGUGCCAACUUCAACAACAUUCGAGUACUAAGAGUAUAAGUCAGAGCUGGACUAUAAAAAGCAAUUGUGACAAAAUUACUCGUCGAUUUAUGUACCAUAUCUAAGUAUUAUUUGGAUUUGUACUGUUAUCUACUUUAGGUUCUAUUUCACCAAGCCCCAACAAGGUUGAAGAUAAUAAUUCGUCAAAAGCAAGAUUAUUAGAACGAUUUUACGGAGGCGGUGUUUUAGUACCUUUUUUUAAUAUUAUAUAAUUUUUUGACUGAUAGGUAUGUUCCUUAUCCAAAAUUAUUGCCCACAAUAUUGUGUAUAUGCAAAAACUUACUGUUUUAUUGUGUAACAUUAAUGACUUAAAAAUUACAUGGUAUUUUGAUGUUGUUGCAGCGUAAAGCUUUUUACACUUUUGUUUUUGGAGUUUAUGAGGUAUUGUUGUACAUUGUGAAAUAUAGGUAUUUGGUAUUAAUGCAGUGUUUAAAGAUGUGAAAGCCAAAAGGCAAUAUUUUUUGCUACAUGUAGGUAGGAAAGACAUCGUUCAUUUCAUUAGUUUGCACGAAUCAUUCCUAUGGGGACAUGCAUUUCGAGGUGUUAGUACUGCACCAUGUUGCUGUUGGAAGUUACAUCGUAAUUAUUGCAAUAAUAAUGAAUAGGUGAUGCGAAAGGUGAGAAUCAAAUAAAAAGUUGCAUAUUUUUCUGAUAAGUAAAAAAGCUACGGUAGGCACCUCAGUACCUACAGUCAAUUGCUUUCAUUUUUUUUUAACGUAACACAUGAUUUUAUAUGUUUUCGAUAAAACUGCUACUAACUCAUCUUUAUACAAUCUUUUGAUUUAGAAAAUAACAUCUUAUAUUUUUUAAUAUUUUUCUGCAAAUUGUAUUUAUGAAGCCCUCCCAUGAUUCUCAUCUUUCACAUUAAGAGUAGGUAGAACGUGGUAGUCAGUGAUCUCGAUAAGACUCAAUCCCUAUUCGCAUCACUAUGAGUGACUGUGCUAAACUCAUAGUUGGUAGAUCAUCCAUUCAUUAAUAGCGAAUAACGUAGGUAGCAAUGUGUUUUAUUUUGAUAAUAUACAUAUUCAAUUAAUCGGUUUGCAUUAAGUGUAAUAGUUACAAGGGAUAAAUAGUUUUGUCGCCACUAUUUAUGUAUGUAGGAUACAGAAUAACUUACAAGAGUUAUUAUUAUAUAUUAUAAUAUUACAAUCUGUACAAUCAAUAAUUACUGUGUUACUAAGUUUACUACGUCAAUGAUUUCUUGUAGACCUAUAUCGCUGUAGGACGUUGGUCGAAAAGACAUGAUCUUGACAUAGGCAAACUAUCUGAUUCUAACCGUUAACGUAAUCUCAUUGUCAGGCGGAUAUCUUAUCCCUUUUGAAAGACUAAAGUGUGUAUAACAAUAGUUUUUAAAAAUGUUUCAAUGGUUGAUGUUCGCGACCGGUAAAAUUUGGUCCUAUCAUUCCUUACCGGGGCGAACGAUACCAUCGACUUGUUACUGAAGAUAUUUUUAUAUUUAAUGAUGGUAUAAUAAGUAACUACGUAUUUGAUUUUUAUUAAUUUAUCGUUUAAAGAGAUCUUACAUUUUAGGUAGAUUAAAAUUAGAAAUUGUUUUAAGGAAGCUAAUUUCAGUAUAUUGCCUAAUUGUUUGUUCUAUCGUAUCAGUUAACAGUUUGGACAUUUUUAAGAGUACAUAAUUUUUAUAGGUAUUGAAUAAGCAAAAACGGGCACACAGAAAGUACACACCUAACGAUGUGAUAUUGUUAUGGGUAAAAGCUAAUGGUUUUAUUUUGUGUACAGAAAAUAUCAUAAAAUGCAUACCUAUACUUACAUAAUAUAAAUAUGUGUGUACUUAUCUCUGAAAGAGAUCAGAAUUAUUUAUUGUUAUAUACUACCAUUGAAAUGAAAUUUUAAAUAAAGACAAAACAAACUAA